AUGCAUCGGCAGCUUGCCUACCCUUCCUGCGGGGAGCUGCUCGCACAGAUCAAGAUCUUCCCCCGGAUACAGAAGUCUGUUCCCUUUUCGGAAGCCGGCGGACAGCCGUUGAGUACUUUUGUACUGUUCCGCUGUCAAGAUCGACAACAGCGUCGGGGACGCAGAGUCGCGAAGGUCCAGGCCAGACUCGACUGCAGUCUACAUCGAUCACCAGCUGUAGACCAUGGGUCCUCACCAGAUUCAGUUCACGGAAGUGUCUCACGGUCUGCGUCUGCCGAGUCUGACAGGAGCCAGCGACAUUGCAUCUACUCUAUCAUGGUCCUAAUCAUGAUCCAAGCUCCUCAUCAUCACAGACAGCCCGAACGAAGGUUAUAA